CUCCUCCCCACCGGCAAGUUGGUUCUACACGGCUAUAGUACUUGCAUACUGGAAGUACUGGUACUACAGUACUAGUUGAAAUCCCCCGCCCUAACUUCAUUAAGUUGUCAGUCUGGUAGCUCGAAAUACUCGAAGCUGGUUCGCUGCCUCUUCACUAGUUGGCACUGACACGGCGGCACGUCGUUGCGCAUCCAUGACGAACGGCCUGCGAUAUGUCCCUUCUCGACUGGACGGUAUCGAAGAUGUCGAGCAUUAUCGCCCCGGUGGCUUCUACCCAAUACUCAUUGGCGACACAUUCUCCCAAGGACGCUACAAAGUCAUCCACAAACUCGGCUCCGGCGGUUCGUCCACCAUCUGGCUCGCUCGCGAUCAACAAGACAGCCCGGGCGUGCUCGUCACUCUCAAAGCCAUGCGCGCCGCCGCUUCGUCCAGAGACCCGCGCGAGAUUCCAGAGAUAGUCGUCCCCACAACUCUGCGGGCCACGCCAUCCCUCUCUGACGGUAUCCAGACUGUAAUCGACGAUUGCGUCGUGCACGGCCCGAACGGCACUCAUCGGUUCCUCGUCUCUCCGUUUGCUCGCCCGAGCGUCCUCGCCAUGUCAGAUUCUCCGGGGCGUGUCAUCGGGAGCCGUCGACUCCGUGGAGAUUUGGCCAGAAGUGUGGCUAGGCAGACGGCGGCGACUGUCCAUCGCAUGCACAGCGCAGGAUUCGUCCACGGUGAUCUCACGACGUUGAACAUCCUCUUUCGUGUGAAGGAACACGUCCUUCGCUGGUCGGACUCACAAGUCUACGCACACCUCGGGGUGCCCGAGACGGAGGAGGUCAGAACGCGGGGCGGCGAGCCGCGCGGCCCUCAUACACCUCCAGAGCUCGUCGCACCCAUCCAGAACUCCGCCAUCACCGACGCGUCCUUUCUUCAGGAAAACGUUGUCCUCAUUGACUUCGGCCAGUCCUACGCCAUCGCCUCUCCACCAACAAAUCACCAACCUGGCACAGCAAUACACUACCUACCACCGGAGAUGCGCUUUGAAGGACGUGUAGGCCCCGAGGCGGACGUGUGGAACUUGGGAUGCGCGAUCUUCGAGACCCGCGCGGGGUUCCCGCUUUUCGAGCCGUUCUUCGGGAGCGACGCGGGUAUCCUCAGACAGACUGUUGAGGUGCUCGGAAAGUUGCCCGAUCCGUGGUGGGGGGCCUUUCGCGAGCGUGCUCUGUGGUUUGAGGAAGAUGGAGAACUGAGGAGCACCCAGGCUCAGCAGCUCCCUGGUGGUUGCGUCGCGUCGGCAGGUUGGACGAGCCGCCCUCCGUCGAUGAGGGCCCUAUGAUUGAGAGGCAUGGGCUGCCGCUGGAAGAGGAAGAGAUCGGUCUGUUGGGCGAUCUGCUCGUGAAGAUGUUGAGGUAUCAGCCCGAGGAAAGACUGCCGAU